AAACUCUGCAAUUUGCGUGGACGCUACCAUUAGUUGGGAUUCGUACAGGUGUUACAUAUCCAUUGAGCCCCAAUUGCUCUGCCAUGUUCCUAAUAAUUCCACGUGGCCCCCAAUUUACCGUGUGAGUCAAGAUUUACCGGGACGUUCCUUGGGAUCGCAUUUUGGAUCCCCACCUUCAGGGCAACUGCGGUUCUUUUCCCCCAAUUCCGAUCCUUGUUCCCCUCAUCCUUCUCCGCUCACCCUCGUCUACGUCUGCAUACAUUUCGUUCCUCCUCCCCCACAGUCUCUCCUGCAAACUUUCGUCUACAAUCCACAAUGGCCGAUCUUAUCGAAUCCGCAAAGCGCGCAGCCGGUCAGGCUGCUGUGAAGAACCACUACCCUAAGGAUGCCAAGUACGUGGGCAUUGGCAGUGGUUCCACCAUUGUCUACGUUGUUGAGGCUAUUAAGGAGUCCGGUGUCGACACCUCUCAAACCAAAUAUGUGCCUACAGGCUAUCUUUCGAAACAGCUCAUCGUCUCCAAUGGCUUGACAGCCGUUGACUUCGACUCGCUUCCCGAAGGAACCGUUCUGGACAUUGCCUUCGAUGGAGCGGAUGAGGUCGAUGACGACCUCAACCUGAUCAAGGGUGGUGGUGCCUGUUUGUUCCAGGAGAAGAUUGUCGCCCUCCAGGCUAAAGAAUUCGUCUGCGUUGCUGACUCCCGCAAACUUCAAUCUCGUCUCCUUUCGAGCUGGAAGUACAUCCCCAUCGAGGUGGCCCCCAUUGCUGCCAGUCGUGUGCUAGGAGAGCUCAAGGAACUUGGUAGCAUCUCGCCUGCUCUUCGCUUGAACCCUACUGCUCCUGAAGGUGCACCCAAGCCUACCCCUUUGAAGACCGACCAGGCCUUCAACAUCAUUGACGCUCCCUUCAAGUCUCUUCUCACCAAGGCGGACAUUGCAGCCGGGCAAGAUGGCACUGGAAAGGAUGGAGUUUGGGAGGUCGAAGCUCUUUCUCGGGCCAUCAAGCAGAUUCCCGGUGUCUUGGAUGUUGGUAUCUUCUCCGGUGAAACUGGCCCCCAGGCACAGGCCCGUGGAGGUACUGGAGGUCAGAAACCUAUCGCCGCGUACUUCGGCAUGCCUGACGGCUCUGUGUCCGUAAGAAAGGCUUCUGCUUAACCACUUAUUGCCCGAGACGAUCUAGACAUGUAUACAUAAAAGCGGAACUAUAAAUGAUACCAUUUGCUGCUAGCGUGAAUUGGAUUCCUUACUCUGUCUACCUAGGCAAAGUUGAAA